GAAUAUGGGAGGGAGGGGGCAGGAUUUUCACCGUGAAUUUUUUCAAGUGUAUAAAAGCAUGGUGUAUUCCAGCUAAAACUAUAGAAAAUAUCAAAUAAGGAAGAGUCUGUUUCCUUUUAAAAUUGUGCUGGAUUUGUCUAACAGCAUUCGUUUUACAAGGGGGAAGCCGUGUGGUCACACUGUGUGAUGCCAUAACUUUCUAAAUUAACAUCACGCUCUUAUUUUUGUGCAACACAUUUGUUUCCAAUAAAUAGCUGCUACUUCAGUGCCUCUAAUAACAUGGAAAAUUCCAGUGCAGUAACAGGUCUCCUCAGAUAAAGUGACAGGCUUGUUUUUCCCUGGACUUCUGAAAUCAGAUAUAUUUUAUUUACACGGUCGGGAAUGACGCGGUGGUUUUCGGAAAGGCUGGUGUUUUAAGCUUACUCAGAGAACGUGGUAAAAUCCCUUCUGCGUGUUUGUUGCCAGUGUUUUAGGGAAGGCAGAGCCGGUGGAAAUGCCUUGGCUGGUGACUGCAUGAAGCCAGAGUUGCCUGAAGAGCCGGAGCAGCUCUUUGGCAGCACGUGCUCCUUCCCUGAGGAAGACCAGGGGGAAGGGGAUUUCUGAGUGCCUCUGUCUUGAUCCAGGAAAGACAAAUGCUGGGGUUUUCAUAUCCGCAGACACACAUGAUCCUGGGUCACCUCAGUGGGUAUUGAAGAGCAGCCAGGUACUCAGCCAAGUUUUGGGUGGCGAGGUGAUCCUGGUGUGUCCCGGUGCCUCCUCCCUGCUCUGGGCUUGUGCACAUCAGCCCCCCUGCACUCCCACCCCGUGUUUGCAGCUUCCACCCAGUGAAACCCAGGAAAUCAUUGCUCUCCUGAUUCAUCUAAGGAUCCCUGCCUUUCUGUGUGCACGUACUGUGCGUGCAAACGGUAACCUUUAUUUAAAUAUUGUUACUAGGGGAAGAAUAAAUCUUACAUCUAAAACUGUGCAGGCCGCCCCUUAGGCAUGUUUUAGCUGUCAUGGGACAAGCAAUGCAGUUCUUUCCUGUGCUUUUAAUAUCCUGCACUUAGCUUGAAAAUAAAAGAAGAAAAAAAGCCACAGGCUUCCUUAGAAACAUGACCUGCGAUUUGUUAAAAACAAUUCUAAUGUAGAUAUUUUUUCCUCCUAGGUUUUACCAAGAGACAAUACAUCUAACACUUAACUUGGAUCAUCCCUUGUUCAUCAGCUUGAAAGUCAUAACAGCCCCCAAAACUGACAUUUGAUCUGAAAGAAAAAGCUGUGACAGAUGGACAAUAUGUCUAUUACUAACACACCAACAAGUAAUGAUGCUUGUCUGAGCAUUGUUCACAGCUUGAUGUGCCAUCGACAAGGCGGAGAGAGCGAGACUUUCGCCAAGCGCGCAAUUGAGAGUUUAGUUAAAAAGCUAAAGGAGAAAAAAGAUGAAUUGGAUUCUCUGAUUACAGCUAUAACCACAAACGGAGCUCACCCUAGCAAGUGUGUUACGAUACAGAGGACGCUGGACGGGAGGCUGCAGGUGGCUGGCCGCAAGGGAUUCCCCCACGUCAUCUACGCCCGGCUCUGGAGGUGGCCCGAUCUUCACAAAAAUGAACUCAAGCACGUUAAAUACUGUCAGUAUGCCUUUGACUUAAAGUGUGACAGUGUGUGUGUAAACCCGUACCAUUAUGAGCGCGUCGUAUCGCCUGGCAUCGAUCUCUCGGGACUGACGCUGCAGAGCUCAGCUCCCUCCAGCAUGCUGGUGAAGGACGAGUACGUGCACGACUACGAGGGGCAGCCGUCGCUGUCGUCGGCCGAGGGCCACUCGGUGCAGACCAUCCAGCACCCGCCCAGCAACCGCGCCUCCUCGGAGCCCUACAGCGCGCCGGCGCUGCUGCCGCCCGCCGAGGCCAGCACCACCAGCACCACCAACUUCCCCAACAUUCCCGUGGCCUCCACAAGUCAACCUCCCAGUAUAUUGACAGGUAGCCAUAGUGAUGGACUCUUACAGAUUGCUUCAGGGCCCCAGCCAGGAGCUCAGCAGAAUGGGUUCACAGCCCAGCCAGCCACUUACCACCACAACAGUACCACCAGCUGGACGGGGAGCCGGACGGCCGCCUACACGCCCAGCAUCCCGCACCACCAGAACGGCCACCUGCAGCACCACCCGCCCAUGCACCCCGGACACUACUGGCCAGUUCACAACGAACUCGCAUUCCAGCCUCCCAUAUCAAACCAUCCUGCUCCAGAGUACUGGUGUUCCAUCGCCUACUUUGAGAUGGACGUGCAGGUCGGGGAGACGUUCAAGGUGCCCUCCAGCUGCCCCAUUGUCACCGUGGACGGGUACGUGGAUCCCUCCGGAGGGGACCGCUUCUGCCUGGGCCAGCUGUCCAACGUGCACAGAACAGAAGCCAUCGAGAGAGCGAGGUUGCACAUCGGCAAGGGCGUGCAGCUGGAGUGCAAGGGCGAGGGUGACGUGUGGGUGCGCUGCCUGAGCGACCACGCCGUGUUCGUGCAGAGCUACUACCUGGACAGGGAGGCGGGCAGAGCCCCGGGGGAUGCCGUGCACAAGAUCUACCCCAGCGCCUACAUCAAGGUGUUCGACCUGCGGCAGUGCCACCGGCAGAUGCAGCAGCAGGCGGCCACCGCGCAGGCCGCCGCCGCCGCGCAGGCUGCAGCCGUGGCCGGCAACAUCCCCGGGCCCGGCUCCGUGGGAGGCAUCGCCCCGGCCAUCAGUCUGUCAGCCGCGGCCGGGAUCGGCGUGGACGACCUGCGGCGUCUGUGCAUCCUGAGGAUGAGCUUCGUCAAGGGCUGGGGCCCCGACUACCCGCGGCAGAGCAUCAAGGAGACGCCGUGCUGGAUCGAGAUCCACCUGCACCGCGCGCUGCAGCUGCUGGACGAGGUGCUGCACACCAUGCCCAUCGCCGACCCCCAGCCCCUGGACUGACCCGCCCGCCGCCGCCGCCUUGUAAAAUACCCCUCUGUUUAUAACCUGAAGAUAUAUUUUACUUCCCUUCUGCUUAACCUUCUGAAAACAGGUUUUAAAAAUGUGUUUGCCGCCUUGCUCUUUUAGCAGAAAGCAUCUGAACGUGCAGGAUUUGGAUUUCAGUUAUUUCCAGAACUCAGUAGUCGUAAUACAGGGCCUGAAGUGGAAGGUGAACGCUUCAUAGAGACUUCACAGUGUUGGGUUUGUUCCCUUUGAAACUCUCCUUCCCUACGGUGGCAUCUUGGUGAUCGGCCUCACGGGAGCCUUUUGUAUGCAGAAUAUAUAUUAUAUAUAUAUUUAUAUCUGAAAAUUCCUUCUAGUAGUUAAAAACAUUUACCUUGUAACGACUUUAAAAUUCCAACUGAUUUGUGAUAUUCUGUUUAGGGAACAGUAGUUAACAGAAGACUUCUUUAUUUUGUUGAUGAUUGUGUUACGAUUUUUCCAGGUUAAAGCCUAGCAGCUGCCAAAAAGUGAGGGGAUGACACAUACAUACAUUGUUGGCAUUGAUCAAAAAAUUAUUUCGUUUUUAAAAGUAAAACAGUCAUCCUAGAUUUUUAUUUCUGUUACCAUGUGAGUUGUAAACACUAAGGAAGGGGAUGGUGCAGUGGUGGAGCUGUGAGUGCUGGCAGGAGCGUGUGCUCACCCUGGCUCUGACUCCUGGGGUCACUCAACCCCCAGCACCUACUGUGGCAAAUCUGCACCACUCCUUUUUCGUGUCUACGGCAAUCCAUCGGCAUUGAGCGCUGGGGUUUGUGUCUGUUCACCAUUUCCACUCAGGGCAAGAUGGCAAACCUGUUUUUAUACUCCUGCUUGUUUCAGCCCCGUGCCGCGGCAGGGAGCAGCUGCAGGCACACACUCUCCUUCCCCUGCUACAGCACCAAUAAAGGAUGGAAACCCACGCACCGA